AUGUCAACCGCCUCCCCUCCCUCCCUUACGGCCUAUCGUUCUCCGAGCUGGGCAUCGAGCCGGCUCCUAACUGGCUGCGGGCAUGCCAUAGGGUUAGGUUGCGCGCCGGGUAUAUUUAGCCGGUGGCUGAGCACGCUGUUGCGUGAGGUGCUUCUCGUCCCCUUCGGCCUGCCUGCCCGCCUUGUACGGAGUGAAACCGCCUCCUCCUCCUCCGCGUCCAGCUCCGCCUCGCCCGCAGGUUGGUGCGGGAGGGGCGCAGAGGGGUCACGUCCUUCACGGGGGUCGAGGGGGCUUCGUACCCCUGUGGCGUCUCCGCCGCCGCCACCGUCGCCAUAGACACGCGGGGUCCCGGCGGCGCUCCUCCCCCUCCUUGUCCCGCGCCGCUUUUCGCCCCGCGGCCUUCAGCCUCGGGGCGGGGGCGGGACGCCGGUGGCGGGUGGGCAGGCGGUGGGGGUGUCCGCUGAGCCGAGGGGGCGCUCGGGGCUGGCGGACGUUUGCCUGGCCGGCCUGGCGCUAUAUUGAGGAGGGGGGGAGAAAGGGGAGGUUGGGGCAUAACGGGGAUCGGCGAGCGGGGCUCCCUCGGCGUGGCCGGGCCUGAGCCGUUAACAAGCCCGCUGGGUAGCAAAAGCGAGGCGAGAAGGAUCCGCCCGUGCGGGGAAGUGCGUGAUCUAGAAGAAGGGGGCAGAGAGAGGAGCGGCUGGGCGGCUGUUAAUGAGUCGCUGCGCUGGCCUGCGAAGGGAACUCGGUGCUGGCUUAAUGACGAGGGUCUCCUUUCUGACAUGCGGAGGAGGCGGCGCCCAGCCUGGCCCCGGCGCGGUCCUCUCCCUCCCUACUCGAUUACUCGCCCCGCGCUAUGAAUACCUAACUAGGAAGGUUCCUGAUCGUGCAUGUAAAGCGGCCUACAAAAGGGAGGGGGUGGGCAGCGGGAACAGGACCCUCUUGAAGCGCCGUUGCCGCCCUCCCCGCGCUUCUCUCGCGCCUCCAGAACCUCCCACCCACCACACCAAACAAAAACCCGCGAGCUUUGUGAAAGAGCGGAAAUGCAUGAACGGUGCUCGUUCCACCGGUGUAGGGGGGCGGAGGAGGAGGAAAGCGACGGGAGGUGCGAGACGCCGCUCCGUUCACUUGUCCGCGGGAGUAGCUGCGUAGGAACCGGGGCAUAAUGGUGCUCCUUUUCAGUGGGGCAGACGCUUGUGAAAAGGGGCCGCGGAAGUGAGCUGUGCUUCAUUGUGCAAGCCUAGGCAGACGGAGCUGCAAGCUUUUGUCCCUUGCCGCACGCAGCCUGCUUUUCCCUAGCGCGCAGGCAAAAAAGCUAGGCUGGAAUAUAGAGAUCUAAGUAGCUUUGUUUUAAAGUGGCGUAGCCUUUCACUUGAGAGAUGAGAUCGGCAGUGUUUUAAACAACCCUGUGCUGUGGACGCCUAAAAGCCAAAAAACAAAGCUCUCCCAACAAGUUUUUGCCUGUAAAAAAUAAAGUAAUAAAGGCAGAAAAGUAAGGACACUUGCUCAAGGUCAGUCUUGACGUGUUCAUAGAAACUAGAUUGAGUAUGCCUGGAGCUUCUAGUAAUUUCCAGGAUCUUACUAAAAUCUAUUAGUUUUUCUAUUGAAAUAGCUUUAAUGGGAAUCGUUCACGGGCAUGUUUUUCUGAUAAUUGAAAUCUGGUGGUGUCAGGUGGCUGCAUCAUAAUCUAUUGCGGAGUAUUUGUAGCCAUGUUUCCAGUUUGUGCUAUUUUUGUCUGCCUCUCCCAUGGACACAGUGCUAGGUUUAGGAAAUGCAGGCAGACUACUAAGCUAUAGAAAAAUGCCCAUUUAUUAAGAACUACUGUUUUGGGGGCACUUGCAGGGCUCUGGUCAGUCAUUAAGUAAAAGAUAAUUCCGCUGCUAAGGUGUUCUGUAUGGUUAAGUGGAAAAAUACCAUCAUGUGUUCCCAUAAGGUUUCACAAAGAUGCCAACCAUUUCAAAUUUGCUAAAUCCAUAAAUGAUACUUAAAUGAAUUUAUCAAUUGCUUGGCAUCAAAUCUUUUUUGCACUUCUGUUUGUAGCAGCCAAAACAGCAAUGGUAAAGUUUGCAUUGUGCUGUCCAGACAUGCUCUUCUGUGUACUUAACUGGAAGUGCUGCUUGAACUAUUAUAUCUAAAAAUAGCAGACCCUGGUGGUAGAAUCCAUUUUAGACUAAAAUUUUCACCAGGUGUACUGAACUUUUUGUAUUUGAAUAAAACAAUCUCAGGAGUUUUAGAUUGUAUAUGUAUAAUCAAUAGGGUCUUGGGUAAUGAAAUGUUGGAUUUAACAGAUUCCUUUUUUGGUUGUUCAUAUGCUAAUAAUUUAAAGGAGUUAAUAAUAGGUAUUCCCUACAGGUCAUUUUUAAAGACAAACUACAUGAAACAAACUUCUGCUUUCUUUUACAUGGAGAAGCCUUACAUAUUUCAGAUAUUCUACUGGCUUAUUGACAUUUAAGCUAAGGAUACCUUAACAAAGACAAACUAAGAAAAUAAGGUAGUCGGAUAAAUUUCCUUACGAUGUACUUCUGCUCACUCACCUAGACUUAAAAGUCUAGGAAUAAAACAAGCAUGAAGACAAGAGAAAUGCCUUGAUGGGUCAUUAUGUGGUGGAUUAAUGCUCUCUAAAUUUACCCACUCAUAGUCCGCUGCUUGAAAGUUGCAGUAGAAUUUUAGGGUUGUGAUGCGGAAACUUAGGGGUGAGAAAUCUGUCGUACUCCAGAUAUUGCUAAACCAGAACUCAAACCAUUCCAGACCAAGAUACUGGUUUUGACAAAUAAAGAUCUGAAUAGUUUAGGCUCAGGUUACCUGAAGAAGCUACUUUCCCCAAACUGUAUGGGCUUUCAGAUCAGAGGAGGCCCUUCUGGCAGUGCCAUCACUGAGUUGAGGUCAGAGGAUCCAUAAGGUGGCCAGGAAGGCCUUUUUUGGCAAUGCAGCUCCAUUAUAGAGCAUCCUUUCCCUUGAGGUUUGGAUAGGAACCACUGGAAUGAACUUUUAUCUGCUUCCAGGCCAUCCAAGUUACGUAUAACUACAUUCAACUAUCCCAUCUCAAAUCCUUGCAUUGUUGAAUUGUACUGGAAAAUUUUAACUGUGUGUUAUUGGCCUAUUGUUUUUAAAUUGUAACUUGCCCUGAGAUCUUCUGUAUAAAGUAAAUAAAAUUGUGACCCUACCCUCUACACUGCAGAACUCUUGAGCGUUGGUAAUACUUAACUGGAACUGAUGGGGAUUGGAGUUCCAUCAGCAUUUGAAGGGCAUAAGGUUUCCUAUCCCUUCACUAAACUGACAUUGGCUUUUUAAGAUUGGAAAAAAUGUAGGGUUGUAGUAAUCAAUAGCUAAUCCAUAGAUAGCCAGGAAAAGCAGCUACAAAAUUACAGUAGGUUUGAAAAUUAUACUCCUGUUCAAACUAGAAAACAACACAUACAUUUAUUUAUACAUACAUGUUCUUGAUUAUACAUACAUAAAUUUAUUAGUGCUUGAUCUCAAUAUGCAGUGAAUUCCAAAGUGCAGGGAGUGUCACAUUAAGUGACCAAGUUCUUACAAAUGUGGAAUGGGCAUUAUGUGACACCUGUAGUAGUGUCAAUUCUGCAGACUGAAGAGGUUGGGUGGCACAUGGGGAUAAGGUGAUCUUGUAGGUAAACUGGUCCCAAGUUGUUGAGGGCUUUAUGUACCAAUAGUAGCACCUUGAACUUUGCCCAGUAGCAAAUUGUCAACCAGUGCAGAUUUCUGAGCAUAGGUGUUAUAUGCUGACAAGGCGUCACUCAGUAGUCAUGGUGCAGCAUUCUGCACUAACAGCAGCUUCUAGAUCAAGCACAAGGGAAACCCAACAUAUAGAGUUCAUUGCAGUAAUCCAGUCUUGAAGUAACCAACACAUGAACUACUGUGGCAAGACUUUCCUGGUCCAGGAAUGGCUGUACCUGUCAAACCAGCUGCAGUUGGUAAAAGGCAUUUCUAGCCACUGAGGCUACCUAAGCCUCCAGAGAUAGAGCUGGAUCCAGAAGCACGCAAACGGCGAACCUGCUGUUGAAGAAAUAAUUGUGAAAUAUGAGUUUGAAAAAGCUUUUACAUAAAACUGUUUAGGAUUAACAACAUUUUUACCUCUCCCCACACUCCAAACAGUUUGCAUGUGACAGUUACUCAAAUUCAUAGUUCUGAAUUCAGUUUCAUUUCUGAAAUGUUAUUCUGUGUUUUAAACGUGAUAUCACCUACCUUCAGUGAUGUUUAAGUCAAAACCACACUUAAGUACAGACUGGGCAGUUUAAACACUUUACUGCAUCUUAUGUAAAAUAAGUCUUGAGUUAAAUCCAGAAGGUGCAAAUCUGCUUAGCAGUUGCAUUUCACUUCUGACUAUUUGAAAACCACUAUGAUUUACAUUUAGGUAAAAUAAGGAAUUUUAAGGAUUGAAUGUUUUCAGCACCUUAAAUGUUAACAUUGCCUAAGAAAAGUUACGUUUAAUGUUUAAAGUAUAUCUUACCUGUUACAUCAACAUCUUUACAACCUUGCAAGCCCUGGGGGGGGGGGGUGUGAACCUGUGGUCCUCCAGGUGUUUGUGAACUAUGACUUCCAUCAUCCCCAGCCAGAAAGUUAUUGGGGAUGGUGAGAGUUGCAGUCUCUUAACAGAGUAGAGCCGCAUAUCUAUCACAUCUGCUCAGUGUUAGAAACAGAGAUGAAAGCUAGGAGCUAAAUGGCGCCUUAAACCUAGGUAAUAGGCGCGUGUAGGUGUGUUUUUUUAAAAUAUCAAGCUAAAAAUGAACUUCAGCUAAAAUAUGUUCAUUUUUCACAUGGUUUAGUCCUCCCCCUGCCCACCCCCCUAAUAUUCUUAAGAGGGUCUCCUCCAGUCUUCAGAGAGUAGCUGGAAGUGGGGAGGCAGAAAAAGCUCCACCUUUCCUUCCACUAUGCAGUUUUAAUCUGAAAUCUUAGGCACAAUACUGCGCUCAGAAACUGCUCGUGCUAAUGAAAUUCCCUGUCUCAAAAUGUGCCUAGAACAAUGGGAGUUUCGAACACUGCACCUGCUGUGGCAUCAAUAUUGGUAUGCCAGAAUAAUAAAACACUCAUAUUUGCACAUGGACUUUGACAAAUGGCUUUCUUUGACAUGAGCCCAUUUCUAGACUUAAAGGUGAGUAUGGGAUGAAAGCAUGCUGGUAGUAGCUCGGUCUUGAUACCCAACAGGAAGUUCAAGAUUCUCUGCACGACAGUGAUGUGGGUUUGCUGGAAAGUUUUCUGAUGCCUAGGGCAGAGGUUUUCAAACUUUUUGAGUCCACGGUUCCCUUAACCAACUACAUUCUUUCUGCGACACCCCUGUGGGGCUCAGAAGUCCAGUUAUGUCACCUCUUGCCUGCAGAGCUGGCAGCCUCACUCCCUUGGUAGAGUGUUCCCUCAGUCCUCUCCUCUCCCUUCUCCUUGGGAGUCCUCCAGACAGCUGCUGCUGUCCCUGGUUUCUGAACUGCCCCCCCAGGUGCUUCCCAGAGGCACCAUUCGCCUGCAGAGCUUAUAGCUAGGGCUGUUGCAGUAAACAGCUGUGCAAGCCUUUGUGAGGCAGACACGCGAGGGCAUCAUAGGAACGAGGGAAGGAAAGAGGGACAGAGGCCAGUGUUGUCCAUGGCACCUCUGACCAUCAUUCAAGGCACCCCAGGGUGCCACAUCACACUGGUUGAAAACCACCGGCCUAGGGCUAGAACACUUCCCAUAGAAAAAUAAAGAACUGGAAAGUGUUCUACCUUACAUCAGUGCUGCCCAUUGUUGAGAAUUACUGUGCCUGGGAUAGAAGAUGUAGGACAAAUUCCUCUGUUAGUUUUCUAGUACUUGUGAAUAAAUAGGGUAUGUAUGUAUUUUUUUAUUCUGCUAAUCUGUGUGAAAGAUGGGAAGCAGUAAGACACAUUGUUGUUGGCAUCCAUCUGUCUUGAGAGAGAAUAGAAUGCACCAUUUGAAAAACUCCAGUGUAGAAGUCUUGGCAGCAUAUAUGGAAGUUCUCAGCUGUCCAGAUGACAACGCCACCUCUGCCACUCCCAGCCUUGCUGAUGUAGUUCAAAGGAAAGCAAAACAGUACAUGUGGCACUAGCUUGGCUGCAGGAAUUGCCAGAAUGAGGCGAGCAAAGUGCCAUCCUACUGCCUUGGGUACUCUGGAUUUGUGUAGGGUUUAGUCCUUAGCCUUUCCUUCUCCUGGAGAUGUCCCACAAGGUAGCGUAUAAGAAUUUUUCCUUGGGAGUUUACUCCUGAAGCCUUUCUCACGAAUGAGUAUAGCCACAAGGCAGCAGAGGUUUGGGGUUCAGAGUUUAAGGUCUAGAUGGGCUACCUUUCCAGGUUAAUAAGGCCCAUCUGUCUUCUGAUUUUCUUCAGACAUGAACAACUGAUGCCCAGUUAGCUUUCUAAUGAUCUCUGCCCAGUAAACCAUUGUUUAUUUGACUGAGCCUUGUGCUUCUGUUCUGUCCUCCUUUCUCUUGUGUGUCGGCAGCUGACAAUGUCUGGGGUUUGUUAAACCAUAGUCUUCCAUUAUAUCUGAACUGGGAAAAAUUCUUAUACGCUACCUUGUGGGACAUCUCCAGGAGAAGGAAAGGCUAAGGACUAAACCCUACACAAAUCCAGAGUACCCAAGGCAGUAGGAUGGCACUUUGCUCGCCUCAUUCUGGCAAUUCCUGCAGCCAAGCUAGUGCCACAUGUACUGUUUUCAAACCAUAAUGUGAUCCUGGUUUGAUAUCUGAGUUUGUAGUCUGAGAUUAACCUACAGUUUCCUAGUUUGCAUUCAGUACAAAGGUAAAGGACCCCUGACAAUUAAGUCCAGUCGCGGACAACUCUGGGGUUGCAAUGCUCAUCUCGCUUUACUGGCCGAGGGAGCCAACAUUUGUCUGCCUCCAGUUUUUCUGGGUCAUGUGGCCAGCAUGACUAAGCUGCUUCUGGUGAAAGCAGAGCAGCACACAGAAACACUGUUUAUCUUCCUGCUGGAGUGGUACCUAUUUAUCUACUUGCACUUUGAUGUGCUUUUGAACUGCUAGGUUGGCAGGAGCUGAGACCAAGUAACAGGAGCUCACCCCGUUGCGGGGAUUUGAACUGCUGACCUUAUGAUUGGCAAGCCCAGAGGCUCAAUGGUUUACACCACAGCGCCACCUGCAUCCCUUUGCAUUCAAUAAAAGGUAAAGGGACCCCUGACCAUUAGGUCCAGUAAUAAUAAUAAUAAUAAUAAUAAUAAUAAUAAUAAUAAUAAUAAAUAAUAAUAAUAAUAAAUAAUAAUAAUAAUAAAUUUUAUUUAUAUCCCGCCCUCCCCAGCCGAAGCCGGGCUCAGGGCGGCUAACAACAAUAAAACAGUACAAAAGUACAGCAUAAACAACAGUCUAAAAUCAUUUGUUAUAAAAUUAAUUAAUUCAAGCCACUGGCAACCAUUGGGCCAGAGCUCCGCGAAGAUUGCCGAGGGAGGGAGUCAGGCUGUACCCUGGCCAAAGGCCUGGUGGAACAGCUCUGUCUUGCAGGUCCUGGCCAAAGGCCUGGUGGAACAGCUCUGUGUUGCGACCGACUCUGGGGUUGCGGCGCUCAUCUCGCUUUACUGGCCAAGGGAGCCGGCGUACAGCUUCCGGGUCAUGUGGCCAGCAUGACUAAGCCGCUUCUGGUGAACCAGAGCAGCACACGGAAACGCCAUUUACCUUCCCGCCGGAGCGGUACCUAUUUAUCUACUUGCACUUUGAGGUGCUUUCAAACUGCUAGGUUGGCAGGAGCUGGGACUGAGCAAUGGGAGCUCACCCCAUCGCAGGGAUUCGAACCGCCGACCUUCUGAUUGGCAAGUCCUAGGCUCUGUGGUUUAACCCACAGUGCCACCCGCGUCCCUUUUGCAUUCAAUAGGAUGCUGCUAUUUCAACAUGUAGGAGAAGAGAGGAUAAAGUUUGUGGUGUAGAAUUGCUUCUCAAAUAUAAUAAAAUAGUUUGAUAGGAUUUUGUUUAAAUUGGUCCUGAUACAGUACUUUUAGUUUUAUUGUGUGUACUAAGCACAUAUACACUUGUGGGAGGGUUUGGGUCAGUGCUACAGAAAUAAUAGUUGAGCCAAAGUACUGUACAUGAAAUCAUACCAGCUGAGCAUAUGGACAUAAGCCUCCUCUUCCCAUAUAUGUUUUCUUUUCAGCGGUACAUGUAAAGUUUUCUGGAGGGAAAAUUUUGGUUUAACUUGUGCAAGUUAUCCUUGAAAUAAGGUGGCUGCUUAGUUCAAAAUUGGCUACAAAAGCAGCAGCUUUGGGACGAUGAAUUUCCCUUUGUUCAAUCCUUGGGACUUGUUUGGCUUGUCCCCCUCCCCCAAAAAGACAGCACCUAGAAUUCUAUGUGCAAACAUUUUCUUUAUUACGUAAAUAUGUGCUGCUUUAUGACUACAUAUUUCUGGUCAUCAAGGUCUGAGCUAGCAAAAGAAUCCAGUUGUAUUGCUUCCUUUCUUGUUUUUAUUAGGUAGCAAUUGUUUAAGCUAACCCUGGCUUAAGAGAGGUUUUUACUUUGAGUGCAAUACUGAUAUGUGCAGCUGAAGAUGCUUACAGCCACUGAAAAUCCAGAAAUCCACUGUUCAACCAUUAUAUAAUGGGAGCUAAACUCAUUCAAAAGCCUGCCAGAAGAUUAGUCAUACAAAGAUCAGAACAGAUACACUACUUAGUCUUAGCAGGUCUGAAUGUGAACUUGGCUCCAUACAUGCAGAGCCACUGCUGCAAGUGCUCUGCUUCUAGCUGCAGGAAAUCAUACCUCAGGUAAUGAAGGGGACAUAAAACAGGGCUUUAUUUUCUGAAUGCAACUAGUCCAAGUUGGUGUACAGUGAUUUGAAGGGUUCUUAACACAGAAACUAAUGUUUUUUUAAGAAAGAAACUAAUACUUUUAAUUGGGCUCAGAAACAGUAGUAUCUGAUGAAAUUGCUGUAACACAGGUUGAAUGUGUAUUAGCCAGUAUUCAGUAGAAGGCACACAGUAGCAUUUUGCCGAAAGGUUUGCAAGGUUUGCUCAGAUAGAUCUGACUCUCAUGGUUGGGGUAGUCAAAGUGAGGUCUGAUUUAAAUGUCUGAAGUAUGCCAGCUCAUCAUGGUUUGUUCUCAGAUAACAAACCAUCAUGUGAUACCGUGGUUUGUUGGUUUAUAAACAAUGACUUGUUUGAAGUAUGAUUUGGCCUUAUGAGCUAAUCCAACUCCUUUGGUUUAACCAUGGUUUUAAAUUGUGGUUUGGUUAGCCACAGCAAAUGCAAAGCUACAGAGGCAUGAGUAGAAUUCUUAGAGGGAAAGGAUAUGCUUUGAGUGUGCUUUAAAGGUAUAGUAUGUACAAAGCUGAAGAUGGACCAAAGAUCCGACUCAGAAUAAGGCAGCUUCUUAGGUUUCUGAAAUGAAAAGCUAUAUAUAUAAAUUACUUAACUAAUGGUCAGGACUUUCUUUAAAGAAGGAGAAACCUUCCAUUUCUCCAGGAAGACAUUCACUGUCUUGGCUAGAAGACCAUUGUUUGCUGACACUGACCUUCACCAACUCUGCUGUUCAAGAGCCAAAGUACAUGUGGUGGUUUUCAUAAUGGCAAACUGUCAGCAUUCACGGGGGAUAUAUUCAAAAUUGAUCCAAGCAACUCAUACUUCUUUAUAGACUAGCCUGGCAUUGUCACAUCUGUAGCUCCAACAAAUUGAGCAAAAAUGGAACUUCUGAGUAGAUGUGUGAACUUUGUGGUACCUGUAAUUGACACCACAAAUAUUUUCUUUGCUUUUGAAUUAUUUAAUGUUGGGACCCUCAUGCUAAAGCUUAAAAAUAGCAGGAAUCACAGUCAAUUGAUGUCUUAAAAUUUAUUUUCUUUACAAAUAACAAUAUAGUUUUCUUAAAAAAACCCAACAACAUUAAUCUUAGAACCCAAGAAAGCAAAUUCAGUGGCCCAGUUGGCACAUUACAGUAAAUCAUUGUUAAAAGUUAAAUGUGAUAUAGCAAGAAUGUGCAGAAUACUAGUUACAAGGCAUGAGCACUGGUUGACAUAUAAUGCCAAGUCAGCUUCUCGCUUUCUCUCCAGGGUCCUGUGGGUAGAAUUGGAAGAGGAGCGCCACAGUGCUGUGAACCAGAUUGCUGCUUGCUUUUAUCCCAGUGUUUCAUUUAUUGUUUAAAGCAGGCAUAGGCAAACUCGGCCCUCCAGAUGUUUUGGGACUACAACUCCCAUCAUUCCUGACCACUGGUCCUGUUAGCUAGGGAUGAUGGAAGUUGCAGUUCCAAAACAUCUGGAGGGCCGAGUUUGCCUAUGCUUAGUUUAAAGUGACACGAACCAGGCCUUUCUCACAUGAUAUAAAAUUAUUCAAAAGAAAACAAGCUCCUAAUAAUUUAUGUUCUUGUAUGCUGCCUCACUUCUGUGAAUGCACAGUUCAAAUGUUUUCUGUCAGUAGGAAGGUGCGACUCAGUAUAAAUGUUGGGAGGGAAUUUUUGUUGUCAGUUUAGCUAGGAGCCAGAUAAAAGUAUUGGGUCGCUAUGUUUCUUGCUUGGAGCAAUAUACAAUAGCCAUCAAUGCACUCUGGAAUGGUGUUUCUCAUGGCAUUAAAUUUGUGUAAGGUAAUUGUAUGACAUCACACACUCUAGGGAUGGCAAUUCUAACAGUUCUGCUACCCAACCAUCAAUAUUAAAUACAACUUUGGAUUUCUAAGUCAUUGAGAUUAGUUUCUUAGCAACUAAGAUCACACAUUGAAUCUAAGCCACAUGCAUCUUACUUAAGGUUACUCAGAUGAAGGGUGUUGGUCCUACUACUGGACUUACCUGUUUUUCGUUAAAGUUUGUGGUUUAUAACACUUUAUUCCUUGAAGGCUUCUUGUGGACUUAUUCGAGUUGGAAAAAUAAAGAUACAUUAUCAAAUGAACAAAGAAAACUAUACUUAAUGUGAGGUAAUUAUUAUUUUUUAGAUCCCCCCCAAGUCAAAUACCAUUUUUGUGUGUUAGAUUGCCCUCUUAUUUAUUAAUACCUCCUACCAAGGAUAUGUAGGAGGUUAAGCUAUUGGACUUAAGAGUCCCCCCCCCUCCAGUCCUCUGGGAGCAUAGGAUCCCCCAAUUCUGUUUGUGCAAAGCACAAUAUUUUUACUCUGGAGAAAAUAGGCAAUAUUUCCAAUGAGUUAAAAUCAAUUCUGGUGUUUGAGAUGGUGUAAGCCUCCGGCACAAACACAGAGAUUAGGAGUGCCAUCCCUGUGCUCAGCUACAUUGACUUAAAGGGGGCUAAUUCUUGGGUGAGUAUUCAACUGCAGCCUGAUAGUCCUACAUAUACUUACAAGGGAGUAAGCCUCAUCCAGCACAGUGGGCCUUCAUUUUGAGUAAACAUGCAGAGAAUCAGGCAGUAAGAAAUGUUUAAUGUGGUUAUAGCAUCAUUAUUUGAUAUUAAGCAAAUUAGUUUGUAAGUCUUUGAAAUAUAAUAGGUCUUAAGUAUGCAGUAAUUGCUAGACUGUGAAAUGUUCUCUCAAUCAGGCUCGUCAUAAAAAAGGGUGACCUUCAGUUCUGAGUAUCUGUUGGAGCCAGGUUAGUGAGUUACAGAGCACGUAAAUAUUGAAUUUCUGUACAUCAGCCAGUGUCCUUCAUUUAGCCCAAGGUGCAACAGUGCUAAAAGGGAGGCAGAACUGAAACAGUUUGUUCCAACUUCCAAAAGUAGGUCCAAAUCAAGAGAUCUCCAGAAUUAUUCAUAUUGGCUGGGGUUGCUCAUAGUGUCUGUCUUAAUAUUGGGAGAUUGGAAAAGCAGAAUCAAUGAGAAUAGCUGAAUAUGGGAAGUCAUAUCUCUCUUGCUUUGUAGAUAAGUAUAUGUUACACAGAUGGUAGACAAAUUGUAGUUGGUUUAAUGCAAGAGAUGAUGACCAGUUGUGCCAUGUAAGCACCUUAGUGUAAAGUGGUACUUGUGCUGCCAAAAACAGCAUGGGCACUUAACCUCUGUGUGUGCCUGAGAUAAUUGUGUGGUUAGGAAAGGUAGCUGCAGUAGGACAGGUGGUAGCGUUGGGCAGUAUGUUGAUAUAUCCAAAACCAGUUUGAAGUCUGUUUGAUACCAGUUUCAUAAUUUUUGACCUGGCAUAUCGCGAAUCAUGAUGUGUGUUAGGGCUGAACAAUGUAUGGCUUUCAGCAUUGUGAAAUAUCACCAGCCUUAUUGUAAUAUACCCGAUAUAUCACAAUGUCUGAAAUAAGGCUCUAUGUAGAGGUGCACGAGGUAAUGUCCUGACAACUGCUACUAUUUAGGAUUCUAAAAUUGAUACAUUUUUACUUACCUGUAACAUUGUUACAACUUAUUUUAUAGUACAGUACAAAGCGACAGGAAUCAUGAGAGAAGCGGUGAUUGGCUUCACGGUUUUUCCCCACAUCAUUUUUUUUUUUACAAAGCGCACACAUCGUGAUUCACGAUAUAUCACUAUGUUGAAUAUUAUGAAACUGUUACCAUAAUGUAGACUUUAAACCGAUUUUUUACUAUGUAUCGAUACAUUGCCUAGCAUUAAUGUCUGUGUGUGUGUGUGUGUGUGUGUGUGCGCGUGCGCGCGCGUGUGUGUGUGUGUGCACUAUGCAAAAAUCAAAUGCAAAAUCCAUGAAGCCAGCCAAUGAUUACACAGCUCCACCCUUAUUUCAGGCAUCAUGAUAUUUCAGUAUAUCGUGAUGUUUAGCUGGUGAUAUAUCACAAUGUGGAAAACCAGGUAUCGCCCAGCCCUAUUCUGGAACUUAAUAUGUAGGGUGAAAUUUAAUCGUACGAAGUGUUUAUGGUCAUAAGAACCCUCUAUAGCUUCCAGCUGAUUCAUUCAUUAACAGGUGACAGAAAUAAAGGAUUCUUGGAUAUUUCUCAGUUUGCAACAUGACUGAAAUGAAAUGUAGCUGUGAAACAAGUGAAUGCUUCCAGGGUUUUUUGUUGAGUUUGUAGUGUAAUUUGGGUAUAAAAUGGCUAUACUGUACAAGAAGAGUUGUAGACUUUGCUCAUCUCCCUUUAAGGAGAUGAGCUCAAAUAUAGCAGCUUUGAUCACUUGAUUCCCCUUCCUCAGUCUAUAAUAGGAAGGGCUUAAAUGGCUGGACCUCUUUUAGCCUGGAAAAAGGGUCUUUGUAAGGUGACUUUGGCAGACGUGCAAUGGGGACUGGGGAUACAAGAAUAAUUUGCAUUAGGGUGUCAGUGGAUUCACUGAGCUUGAUAUUUGCCACUGUUUUGUGAAGCAACGUACAGUAAUAUACAUUUUUCUUACUCUGCUUUUAUUUGUGGCUCUUUAUAGUUGGGAAUCAUAGUAGGUACAUAGGAAAUUAACUUAAUUGAGUCAGAUGAUUGGUCCAUCCCAUUGGCCCACUCAUAGGAUUCCUUCCCAAGCUGGAGAUUCAGGUAUUGAACCAAGAACCUACCGUAUUUCAUGAAAGCAUGUGCUUUUCUUUAAAAGCAUGCCCUUCCCUUUAAAUGUGUUUUUGUAUAGGUGUAGUUUCCUUGCUGCAAGAGAUUAUACUAGUUUUCCACAAUUCUGAGUUGCUUGUGUUAAUAAUUCGACAUAAAAACAUUAAACAGUCACCAAACCUGGAUAACUCUUCUUCAACACAAGGGAAACUUAACAUACAUAUUGACUGUUUGAUAAAGACGAGACCAGGCCAUUGAAAAAUCCAGAAAUCCGAAAGACUUAAUAAUUUGAUUGCACUGCAGUAGUCAGACUGCAAUAUUUUAUCUUGAAAAAUCCCCCCCCCCCCAUCACCACCACAACCGGCAUGCCUUGGACUGCUGUGUGAAAGUGUUGAGUAAUGUAUUGGAAGUAAAUGACAUGCUCUGCUCUAUCGGUCACAGACCUUUGUUCUGCUGCUAAUAUGUGCACAGACUAAUAAUGUGCUGCAAAGCUAAUUCCUUCUUGUGGUUUUAUAGUGCUCUGACAUGUUCAUUUUUAAGUUACAUUUCAACAAUAUGUUACUUUUUUGGGGGGGAAUAUAGCAGAAAAGUCUUGAUGCUGAUUAAAGGUCAAUUUAAAAGGCUGGGUGAUAAAAUUGUACACAUAGUGAAGAUGUGCUGAGCUUCAGAUGGCUGCUCAGGUGAACUGGACAUUCUUCCCAUCUAUAGCAGUUAUGUCACGCCCACUAGUGUGAACAGAACAUAUAGAAGUGCAAUAUCCCUAAUAGCGUGGAAAACCAAUUGCAAUUCCGCUUGCAUCUUACAUUGAAAGAAAGGUGAUUAUUAAUUUUAGGAGCCACCUCUCUGGAAGCAGCUCUAAACAAAUGUGUUUCAAGUCUGACAGAUGUCAAACUUCAGUGUGCUUGGGAAUGUAAAUGUUGGCAUAUUAGUAAUUUAAGCACUGGGGGUUAUGGCCUGUUUUCAGAUAAGUCAUUAAAAAUAGUGGUUGAAUGAUACAUAACUGUUCAUGCACUAAAGUUUGAUGUAAAUUUGAAAGCAGGUAUUAACCAUCUUAAACAUACAUUUUUCUCAAUGCCAUGUUAGCCUAUUGCAGAUUUAAACUAAGGGGGUAGAACAAGCAGUUAAGGUUUAAAAAGUAACCCUUAGUUAUCUUGAAUUGAUUUAUUCAGAAGGCAUAAUUUGCUGGAGCAAUUUGCAUAAACAUUUUUACAAAUUGCAAGUACUGUACACAGACCAACUUACCUAAGCCACCUGGUGAUCUUUCUUAGUGACUAUGCAUUAAAUGACUGGGUGGUAGCCAACUAAACAGUUAUGGUAGUGUAGGCAAUUUUGGCUGUGCCACAAGACUCCACCCCCCCUGCUGCCACUAAAUUUGUUCUGGGGUUCCCCAACCCUCAGGAGCAGAUCUAGGGAGUGCAUGGAGAAAGGAGAUGGAGAGAAGUUCUGUUUUGUUGGUUGCACUAGCAGAACUGUUUAGUUGGAUACCACCUGGUGUGUCUUAAUUUUUUUUUUUACAAAACCUAGUUCUUUAUUGCCCUCCAAAGAUCUUUCUUUCUUUCUUUCUUUCUUUAUUAUGGUUAACUUCACUAUACAUCAAAACUCUUUCAUAGUGUAAACAUAAAACUAACUGCUGGCUUUUCUCAAAUGUGCUGAUGCUUGAUGUAGCCAGACCUUUGUAGAGCACUUAUACUCCUUGUGAUAACUCAGUGUGGUAGAUGAUUGUUUCCAUUUUAAAAACUCAGACUUGUAGUUUUCUAAGACCACCAAUAUGUUUAUAUUUCUUGGAACAUGGAAGGGGGCCCCAAAUUUAAGGCCUUGUCUACUAGGCCACUCUGACUCUUCCCACAACAUCUGUGUGUGAUAUUAUCUAUUUAUUUGAUGUAUUUAUAUCCACUCUUUCCCCCAAGUUUAUGAUAUAUUGCUUAGCUGGUAGCUGAGAUAACGGUUCAAUCUUCAUUUUAUUUUAGACAGUCCCCCCCCCCCACUUUUAGACUGUAUCACUUUUAGAUUUGUAUCCAAAUAGGAUCACAGGGUUUUUCCUAAUACAGCCAUAAGACAAUAAAACAUCAACUUUAAUUGUUUUACUGGUAUUUAAUUGUUUUACUGGUGUAUGGGAUGUUAGGGGAGGGGGUAGUACCUCUGGUGGGGGACACUGCUCCUUUGGAGUAGUUCGUCAACUUUUGGUCCCCACAAUGCACUCAGCUAUGCAUGUAAAUACAGGUUGUGGCAGACUGUGUGGAUGAGACAAAUAGUGUGUCCCUCUGUCAAGAAGGCGGUUUCUGCAAUUGCUGUACAGGGAAGUGAGGGACAGAUGGGGCUUGUCAACCUGGAAAGGUAGCCCAUCUAGGAGAAGGGAAACACUGAUCCCAAACAUCACCUGCCUUGUCUUUGGGAGAAGAAAAGGCUAAGGAGCAAACCCUACGCAAAUACGGAGUGGGGUCCUUAAGACUGUUGUAUGGCACCUUGUAUACAUCCUUCCAGCAACUCCUGCAGCCAAAUAACCAUGAUCAUGAAGGUGAAUGUAUUAUUGUCUUUCCAGUUCAGUCAACAAGAGUAACUUCUUACGGACAAAGCUCCAAUGGCAGUUCAGCUUUUAAAGACCCACCCCGCUCCUGAGAAAAGAAAGCCCUGUUUCUCACUUUUGGCUGGUCAGGUUCCCUCUGUGCUGGAUGAAGAUAAGAACAUGGUCUGCAGGAAUACAUUUGCCCUUGCUAGGCUUCUUAUGGAUGUGCAGUGGGGUGGGCUAGUGAGUGAUCAAGUUUCCCUCUGCGUUCAUACUACACAUGGUUUCAUACUACACAAGAGCAUAAGAUUCAAAUUUAUGCAUUAGGAUAUGUGUACUGUAUUGUGAAGUGGCUGUUUUUCAAUGGAAAACAGUUAAAUAGUUGACUUUAACAGAUGUAUUGUUAUGGAGGGGAAUGAUCAUUCCUAUAAAAUAAUGUGUUUUCAAGUGAAGAACAUUGUUUGUGUACAAAAAAUAACAUUCUAGCUUACUGAAAGGUGGGUGAAGGAAUGAUGGUGCCCAAAUUUUGCUACUGCAAAAACCUUUUUGUGCACCUUACCCUACUCUGCUCUGGACUCCAAUGUUUUCUUGUGGGGGGGUGUUUGUGAGGUGUGUGCGCGCACAAAGAGUUUGGCAAAAUGGGUGGGUGGAGAGCCAAUCAAGUAAAAAUUUGGGUUCCUGGAUAAGAGGUAUCAUGUCCCAACUUAUUGCUUAGAUGACUUACUGUAUGUGAACUUAAACGUCAUUGCACCUUUUCUUGAAGCCUUUCAGUUCAGCUACUGAAGUCAGACAAGGUUAAUGGGAAUUAGUGCAGCCAUAUAUAGCCUGUUAAAUUCUACAAGAUAUACUUGCUUGCCACCAAUUUUCUGCUGCUAUACUUGAAAUUUUGGGCACUUGUAUUUUUUUAUAUAAUCACUUCAAAAAGCUAUGUUUGAAUUAUAGUCUUGUUUCUUUUCCUUACCAUUGAAAUAUUUCAAGAAAUUUAGCCGUGUGUGCAGUAAAUUGGCAACUGUGUGAGAAACUGGUUAUAGUUCAUAUAAGCUUUCCUUGGCAAGGAUGAGUAUUGGAUAUAUUUUCACAAAUGUUUUGGUCUUCAGUUUUCAGUUGA